AUGGGAAUCAAAGUUUGUAAACCUUUCUGCCUCAGCUUCAAGGGAGUACCUACAUCUCUGAAGAUUCUUUGUGAUAAUGUUUCUGGUGCUUUUGUGCUUUCCGAGUCUCUUAACAGAUUAAUCAGCCUUGUAUGGACCAAAGUGGAUGAAACGCUCCUCGACACAAUGAUCUGGUUUUAUGAUCCUCUCCUUCAUUGCGUUACUUAUAGGGACUUUCAGUUGGUUCCCACAUUAGAGGAAUUUUCCUCCAUCCUAGGAUUACCUGUGCUUGAUCAGAUGCCCUACACUGGCGAAGAAGAGAUUCCUAAGUUGAAAGAUGUUGAUGCUGCAUUGCAUUUGCCUCGAUCAGAAAUUAAAAAGGUUUGGGUGAAUAAAGGAGACUACACUGGUUUGCCUAUUGACUUCAUAUAUAGUCAAGCUAAAAUCUUGAUUAAUGCUACAAAUGUGACUGUCACUAAGAUCUUCAUCGACAAUAAUCUCGUUCCUACCUUAUUGGGUGACUUGUUGCAUUCCAUCCAUCAUCGAUCAUCUAAAGGAAAAGGCUGCGUUCUUGGAUGUGCACCUCUUCUUCAUAAGUGGUUUAUUUCUCACUUACCCCGGUCUGUAAUAAAGAAUGAAGAAGGUGGGACUUGGGUUCAAAGAAUCAUGAGGCUUUCGUACGAUGAUAUCGUUUGGAACCAAAAAGAGUUUGAAGGAACCCAUUGGUUUGAUAGUUGUGGAGCUUUCCUAAAUGUACUUCUUCUUGGUACCCGAGGAGGAAUAACUUAUAAUCCCAUAUUAGCUCGACAUCAGUUUGGUUUCGCUUUGAAAGACAAGCCUCGCUCCAUAUACCUUAGCGCGGAAAAUUUUGAUUAUGAUUCAGAUACAACCAGAAAGAAGAAGUUGUUUAUUAGAGCUUGGUCCAAGGUAAAGAAAGUAUGCACGAGAGAAUUGGGACUAAGGAACUACAUCCCUUCAGAUAUUUAUUUUAGGUGGAUUUAUGAUCGAGUUGUUGAGUAUGGUAUGCCAUAUCCAUCUGAUAUCCCUGUUGUGCCAAGGGUUACCCCUCCGGUCAUUCCUGUGGUUUUGGAGCCUUAUGUUCCCGCUCCAAAUGAAGACCUUGGUGCUACCGUUGCUUCUUUAAGAAGAGAAAAGGUUGAUCUUGAAAAGCGCUUACGUGAGGUUGAGGCUGAAAAAAUAGUGUUAGUGGCUGAUGCUAAAGAGCGAUAUGGUAUGCUUGACUAUUUCUCCCGUAAAUGGAAGAUUGAGGAUUUUGUCUCUCCAGAUCAGAUACAAUCAUGGGAACAAGAGAUUGAUAGACUCGUCCAAGAAAGAAACGAGAUGAUUAAAGCUCACAAAGAGGAGAUUAGAAGCUUAAAGAGAAAGCGCCGACUCGAAGACUGA